GAUCGUAACUCAAUUAUUAGAUUGAAAACGUAACCGUACCUCUUAGGAAGCGGCAUUCAAUUUGAUCGUAAGCCAUUAUUGGAUUUAAAAAUGCGGUUCAUUGGGAUGGGUUUCCUGUGGUAACUCGGCUGGCCAAGAAGAACGAAGGCUCGUGGAUCGAGAGAAUGACACCCGGACAUUCAGCAUCCUUUUUUUCACAUUUCAAAUUAUGGCUUCGCAACAGGAAGGACAGCAUCAGUCUCCUCAUGAUUAUUUAAUUGUUUUAAAUAUGACGACGAUCCUAAGUGACGUGAUAAAUCAACUGGAGAGUCCUAACACAAACAAUAACAUGAUCGACUACGCGAGAUAUCGAAUUGAAUGGCUGUCAUCUUUGUUGUUGAGGCUCGGAGGAAACCUCGAAACAUCUCUUUCAKKAGGCUUACAAACUGCUCAACAGAUGCUCGCAGCACUCGAUGGAGAUAUAUAUAAUUGCAAUCGAGAGAACUCUACUCCUCUCAUAUCAACCGGUUUAAAAGGAAGACCACAAUAUAAUAUAAGUAAAGAUCAAAUCGAGCAUUUCCUGGACUUUGGUUUCAAGGCAGUUGAUAUAGCCGAAAUGCUGUGCGUAUCCCAAAAAACGAUACAACGAAGGCUAAAGCAAUUUGGUUUGUCUGUUCGUGGUUCAUAUUCAGAUAUUACCGACACAGAUCUUGAUAUGGCCAUAAGAUCCAUAUUAGAUGAAUUUCCCAACUCUGGAUACAAAAGUAUGCGAGGAAAACUGUUGUCAAGGGGAUUGAAAAUUCAAGAGCAUAGAGUGAGAGAAGCCAUGAGAAGGGCUGAUCCAGAGGGAAUAUUAGUUAGAGCUCUUCAACUGCGUGUUACACAAAGAAGGUCAUAUAAUGUAAGAGCACCACUGUCACUUUGGCACAAUGAUGGCAACCACAAGCUUAUUAGAUGGAGGAUAGUUGURCACGGAUGCAUUGAUGGAUACUCUAGAAAGAUCAUGUUCCUUUCAUGUUCUGGAAAUAAUAGAGCUGACACAGUCUUAAAUUUGUUUUUACAAGCAGUGGGCGAUCAUGGAUUGCCAUCAAGAGUGAGGGGUGACCAUGGUGUUGAAAACGUUAGAGUUGCACAGUAUAUGUUUAACCAUCCYUCUAGAGGUCCGGGAAGAAGAAGCUAUAUUACAGGACCAAGCGUCCAUAAUCAAAGGAUAGAAAGGCUUUGGCGCGAUGUAUUUGUUGGCUGUCUCUACAUUUACUACUCCGUCUUUUACUUUUUAGAAGAAUCAGGCUAUUUAGAUUUAAGCAAUGAGGCAAACAUGUUUUGCUUGCACUAUGUGUUUAUACCUARAAUAAAUCAGCAUCUGGGAAAUUUUGCAAGUGGAUGGGACAAUCRCKCAAUAAGAACAACAAGAAACAAAACACCUAAUCAACUUUGGAUAAGAGGACUGAUGGAUUUAUCCAGGCAUCCUGAUGCGGAAAAUGCUUUGGAGCUAGAGGCUAUGCAGGUAAAAAUUAUUCUAUAUCUUAAAACUUAAUUAUAUUUAAGAAACAUAAAACAGCGCUAUUGUCUAGCCUCCUCUGUAAAYAACUACAUUUCUU